ACAUCAGCUAAGGUCACUCCAGUUUUCUUUGGUCUUCAAUACUAGUAUAUACGCUACAACAUGAAAAACGUGUUUGUUCUUUUGGUGGCUGUCCUGGUAGCUACAGUCGCUGCUAAAAAGGGAUGGAAACUUCGACAGCGACAACGAUGCAAAUAUGAUAAAAGUGCAUGGAGUGACUGUGACACAGCAACACAUACCGUCAGCCGAGUUUUGACUCUAAAAUCCGGCGAGGAAGGAUGCCAAGAGACACAGAACCAAACUAUAACAUGUGAUAGGUUUGAAAGACUACAAGCAUGGAAAGUAAAAAAGGCGGAAAGUAGAAGAGAAUGGCAGGAAAAGAAACAACAAAGAAAAGAACAAAAACAAGAGAUGAAAGAGAAUAAACAGCUUGUAAAAAUGCAACUUAAAAGAUGCCGGUAUGACCACAGUGACUGGAGUGAGUGCGAUAUAGCAACAAAUACAGUAACCCGAAAUUUUACUUUGAGUGAAGGCGAACAGGGUUGUGAACAAACACACACUAUCACCAUAACUUGUGAUAAACUUAACAGAAUACAGGCAUGGAAAGCAAAGAAAGUGGACCGUAAACAGAAAAGAAAGAAUGAAAAAUUGCAAAUGAAGCAAGAGAGAAAAGAAAAAAGAAAGCUUGUAAAAGAACAAAGACUUAAAUGCAAAUACGACAAGGAAAACUGGAGUGAUUGUGAUAAUACAACAAACACAGUAAACCGAGUUCUGACAUUAAAGGACGGAGAAGAAGAAGAAUGCGAACCAACAAUAAUUGUCACCAUUUCAUGUACAAAGUUUGAGCGUAUUCAACAGUGGAAAGCAAAAAAAAUGGAGCGCAAAAAUGAAAAGAAGGAGAAUAAAAUGUUAAUUAGAGAACAGAAAAAUAUUUGGAAAGAUAAUAAAAAGAUAGUCAAGGAACAGCGUAGACUCGGAUGCAGCUUUGAUGUUACCUUCAGCGAAUGUGAUCCUACAACGAACAUGGUUACAAAAUCAUACAUACCAACAAUAGAUGACGACGAUUCAUGUGAAAAUAGGUCAUUUGAAUAUUCAUGUGAUUUGCAUGAAAGAUUAAUGGAAAAGAAGAAAAAACGUCAGGACAAAAGAGCUAAUAGAAAAAAUAAUAGGAAGGAGUUUAGACAACAGAGGCUUCUGAUCUAAACUAAAGAUUUUUGAAGUAUGAUCAAGAAUAAAUCCACGUUUCAUCAUGUAUAAUGUAUUAAGACUGAGAAAAAUAGUUAGUUCAAUCCUGCGUCAAAUUGUUUUCUAAACAUAUUAAAGUGACACAGAACAGUUUGCUAGGUAGUUUGGUGGUUCAGUGAUAUCAAUUGAGAAAUUGGGCUGAUAUGGAAGUCUAGAUUGAUCGCAAAUGUAAAGAUAAUAGAUGAAUAUAUAUAUAUAUAUAUAUAAACAUUCCAAAAAUUUAUUAGAAUUGUGUUUCCUUUUCAGCUUUAAUGGUAGACUUUUUUUGAAGACUUUAGAAACCAAAGACGACACUCAUUUUUGUUGCUUUUUUUAUUAAAUCACGACUUACUUUUUAAUAAAUAUUGUACAAAACAUAA